GACGGGAAGCAUCCACAAAGCAGGCACAGUAGGAGCAGCAGCCGCAGCGGCAGCAGGAAUCUCGAAGAACCGCCCACCUAGAUCCCCUUUUUCUGUGCCCCUGAGACCCAGAAGACCUGCAAGAUCUGUCCCAAUGGAGUCUCAUCUCUGACGCUGAUCCUCCUGACUCCUUCUUAUAAAAACCCUGCGAUUCCUCUCAACUCACCUGUCUGAGCCAGGAUAAUCUCCACAUCCAGAAUCCUCAAUUAAAUCACAUUUGCCAAGUUCCUAUUGCCAGACCUUCCUGAUGGAUGAUAUCAGUGACGCAAAUGGCACUUUUGCCAUCACCUUACUCAAAAUGCUGGGUGAAGAGGACAACUCGCGGAAUGUAUUCUUCUCCCCGCUGAGCAUCUCCUCUGCCCUGGCCAUGGUCUUCCUGGGGGCAAAAGGAGACACCUCAGUGCAGAUGUCCCAGGCUCUCUAUUUGAACAGAGAUGGAGACAUUCACCAAGGUUUCCAGUCACUUCUCACUGAAGUCAACAAACCUGGCACUCAGUACGUGCUUAAAACUGCCAGCCGACUCUUUGGAGAAAAAACGUGUGGUUUCCUUUCAACGUUCAAGGAAUCCUGUCAGAAGUUCUAUCAGGCAGAGCUGGAGGAGCUCUCCUUUGCUCAAGAUACUGAAGAGUGCAGGAAGCACAUUAAUGACUGGGUGUCGGAGAAGACUGAAGGUAAGAUUGCAGAGGUGCUGGGUCCUGGGACAGUCGGUUCACUGACUAAGUUGGUCCUGGUGAAUGCCCUGUACUUCAAAGGAAAGUGGAACGAGCAAUUCGACAGAAAGCACACAAGGGGAAUGCUCUUUAAAACCAACCAGGAGCAGAAAACAGUGCAGAUGAUGUUUAAGCUAGCCAGAUUUAAUCUGGGGUAUGUGGAGGAGGUGCACGCCCAGGUCCUGGAGCUGCCCUAUGCGGAGGAAGAGCUGAGCAUGAUCAUUCUGCUUCCCGAUAACAGCACUGGCCUCGCCGCGGUGGAAGAAGCACUUACAUAUGAAAAAUACAGAGCUUGGACAGAUCCAGAAAACAUGACCAAAAAGAAAGUCCAAGUUUUCCUUCCCAGGUUAAAGCUGGAGGAGAGCUACGACUUGGAGUCUUUCCUUCGCGCUUUAGGAAUGACUGACGCUUUUGAGGAGACCAAGGCCGACUUCUCUGGAAUGUCAACUAAGAAGAACGUGCCUGUGUCCAAGGUUGCCCAUAAGUGCUUUGUGGAGGUCAACGAGGAGGGGACCGAGGCCGCUGCAGCCACUGCAGUGGUCAGAAACACCCGGAGCGCGAGAAUAGAACCGAGAUUUUGUGCAGACCACCCCUUCCUUUUCUUUAUCAGGCACCACGAAACCAAGAGCAUCUUGUUCUGUGGCAGGUUUUCUUCUCCAUAAAAAGGCACAAUUUCUGUGCCUGCUCCCCCUUUUCCCUCUGCCUGCCUUGCCUGAGUUAAAAUUCCACAUGGCCAGAUCAGUGCAGCGGCUUGAAUGCUGAAAUAAAGUGUGUGCACCUGUUAGUUUGCAAAUGUUUGUGCUGAAGUUUCCAGUGCUGUGCAGAAGGCAGACAGUGGGUCACCGAGGCCUCAGUGUGUGGAGCUGGGCUGGGAACACUUGAUUUGCCCGGUUGGGUCACUCUUGCCGUCUCUGCCCUCUCCUAAAGUCCUCGUGCAUCGUUUGAGAGCAUCUCAGGGACUCAUGAUCCAGCCCUUGGUGAGCUAUUCCAUUGCCAUGAUGACCACACUCUGCCACCCCUGAGGCCAGGCUAACCAGGGGACAGGCCCACUGCACACAAAGCCAGGAGUGAUGCUUACAGGGUCAACCCUGAAGCCUCCCAGGGUCUCCCUAACAGCUGAGAGAGCAUCUGUCCCCCAGCAGAGUCACACAGUGGCCCUGGUGUCCUGUGUCUCACAGGGACUCAUGAAAACAGCUCUUUGGGCACUUGUUUGCACAAGCCUCAGGUACAAGUGCAGGGGUUUGGCAGUGAGUGUUGGGACGGGCUGGGGGGCACGUCUCCUGAAUGUGCCCUGUGUGGUCUUCCUUCACUUCCCUCAGACUCAUACCAAGUGCCAGAGGAACCUUCACACCGAACAACUCUUAGAAGCCAUCAUACCUUUGAUGAAUUGUGUGUGCUCAGCCAUGAACCACACACCCGGCUCAAGAAAGAGCCUCUGACUAACGAAUUUGUAUUGUGACAGCACUUUGGAAAUUACAGGAAAGCAUACAAAACAUUUAAGCCAUCUAUAAUCCUGUUCCUCAGCAAUCACUGUUGUUAGUGAUACACAUCGUUCCCUAGUCUACAAAGGCAAAUACCUUUUUUUUUUUUUUCUUUGUGGCACUAAAGAUUGAACCCAGGGAUGCUCUAUCACAGAGCUACUGCCUCAGAUCUUUUUGGUUUGAAACAGCAUCUCACUAAGUCUCCCAGGCUGUUCUACAACUUGAGAUCUUCCUGUUUCAGCCUCCCCAAUAGCUGGAAUUAUGGGUAUACACUACUAUGCCUGGCAUAAAUAUAACCUUAUAAUUUUUGCAUGUUAAUCAUAAUUUAUGUAGUUUAUUUCUACUUUUACUAUGAGCCUUCCUCAAGAUAAGAAUCUAUACAAGUUAUCAAUUUGAUGUGCAUAAUAUUCUACUGUAUGGCUAUAUUUUUAUAAGUGAAUCUACUUAGACAAUUUGGGUAGAUUGACUUAUUUAUGUUAUAUAUACACUGUUGUGAAUAUCCUUCAUAGUUGCUCACAUCCUUAGUUAAUUUUCGAAUAAACAUUCCUAUGAAUGGUCCUGUCAAGAUAAAAAUUGGAUACAUUUUGAGACUUCCAAAUUGAUUUCCAAAAAGUUGUUCUGAUUUAUACCUCCUUAUCACUUACACUAGCAUUAACUGCUGCCUCCCUUAUUAAAUUUUAUGAGUGGGACUAUAAACAGUGGUUACUCUUGGUUAUCUUUGAUUCAGUCAUAGUUAUAUGAACCAUUUAUAUUACAGAUCUUACUUAGAACUCACCAAGAUGGAAUAUAUUCUCAAGCUACAUUCAUUUCAGUAAUCAAGUGAGUUUGGCCAAAAAUUAAUUCACGGGACUGAAAAGUGUGUGUCUGUGAGUUUUGAUCUCACUUCAACAUUCAAUAUAAAAAUACACCUUUUCUGAGGUAUAACUGGUGCAGAAUAAACUUUGCAAAUUUAAAGUGUGCACUUUGGUAAAUUCUGAUGCACACACCUGUGAUACCAUCUCCACAAUCCAGACAGUGAACAUAUCUAUCGCACCCCCAAAUUUCCUCUUGAGCCUUUGGAAUCUCUCCCUCCUUCCCCUCGUGGACUCACCCAAUCACUUACCCUCACUCCUCAGGCAACCACUGAUCUGCUGUCCACCACUGUAGACUAAGUUGCAUUUUCCAGAAUUUUAUUUGCAAGGAAACAUACAUUGCUUCCUUCUUUCUGUAUGUCUCCUGUAGCUCAAUACAACUAGUUUAAGAUUCUUCCACAUUGUAUAAAUAGUAGUUAGUUCCCUUUGUUGUUGAGUAUCAUGUCAUUGUAUAGACAGGUCACACUUCCUUUACUCACUUACAUUUUGAUGGAUAUUUAGGUUGUUCCCAAAGUUGUGGCUGUUACAGGUAAGGUAGUUGUGAACACUCAUGUUCACAUCUUUCUGUGGCCCCAUACUUUCCUUUCCUUAGUGUAGAAAAACAGAAUGGAAGGUUUGGGUCAUGUGGAAGGAGUGCUUAAUAUUUUAAGAAUUGCCAAAUUGUUUCCCAGAAUGGUUGCAUCAUUUAACAUGUUCAAAAAAGCAUGUGGGCAUUUUGGUUGCCCUAUAUCUUGCAAACACUUGGUAUGGUCAAUGAUGCUGAUUUAGGAUGUAGUGGUCUAUCACUGGGGGUUUAGUGUGCAUUUUCCUAAUGACUAAUUAAUUAUGCUCAGCAGAUUUUCAUGUGGUCAUUUGCCAUCCAUGUAUAUUCUUUGGUAAAAUAUCUUUUUAAAUGUAUCACCCACAUUUUAUAGUUUUGUUGUUUUCUACUGUAUUUUGAGAUGGCUCCAGUUACUGAUACCAAAUUCUUUGUCAGAUGUGUGGUUUGUAAGUGUUUUGAUCACAGGUUAUGUUCUGAACUUACCCUUUGAUAACAGUGCCUUUAAAAAGCAGAUGUUCUUAAUUUUGACUAAGUGUAAUUUACUAGUUUUUUAAAUUCACACAUAAAACACUUGUUAUAUCUAAGGAUUCUCUUUGCCUAAUGGAAGCUUAUAAGAAUUAUCUGUUUCUUUUAUAAGUAUUUAUAAUAUUCAAUUUUUUAUUUGGGCCUAGGAUCCAUUUUGAGUUUAUGUUUUUAAAUUAACUCAAUAUGUUGAAAAGACCGUUCUUUUCCCACUGAAUCACCUUUACAUUAUUUGUUGAAAAUCAUUUGAUCAUGUAUGCGGUUCUAAUUUUGUACUUUGUCAGAUUCCAUUGAUCUACUUGUCAAUCUUAAUGCCAGUAUCACACUCUCUUGAUUACUAUAGCUUAAUAAUACAUUUUGAAAUCGAGUAAGUCUUCCAAUGUGAUUAUUAUAUUUUAAAAUUGUUUUGGUUAUUUUAGCUUUUAUUUC